AUGGAGGAUGAGGACAUGGAGAUCUGCUUGUUGUGCAGUCUCCCCAAGAGCUAUAAGAACGUUGCUCUCAACUUGGAGACGAGCAGCGCAGAACUGCGGUCGCAAGACGUCGUGAGAGUGCUUACGAAUGAGCACAUCAAGAGACAACGAAACACGACGACAUUGGUGAAGACUGAAGAAGCGACCAAGGCCUUCAGCACCGAGCGUGAAUUCCGUCAAUAUCGACGCAGCGGCAACAAGGGCCGUGCCAUUGGGCUCGUGGACGCGGAGCGAAUCAAGUCCAAUGGCACGGCUACAACGGCAACGGCAACAACUAAGACCAUGAUCGAGUGGCGUUUGCUGUUUCGCUGGAAUGCGAGCUUUCGACAGCCAAGACCAUGGUGGAAAUGUGGGCGAUUUACAGCAGCAACGCACCACAUCUUCAAUGAAAAGUCCAAGUUUGAAGUUCUGGACGAGCGCAAUGAAGGUGAUGUGCUGGUUGCAGACGGAAACAAGGCUGCGAUCAAUAGAGUUGGGACUAUCGUCGAAAAGGUGGUCCUACCAAACGGUGAAGAGCGCGAAGUUGAAAUCGAGGAUGCACUUAAUGUCCCAAGCAUGAACAAGAACCUACUGUCGAUACCCCAGAUUAACAAAAGCGGCAAGUUCUGA